AUGUCUGGCACUAUUGUCAUAGAAAAGAUUCAGGGCCAUUACGUCUCGGAAGAGAUGAUCGCUCAAGCGGCUGAGCUCUUUUCCUCUAACUAUGGAAUCUGGGGUCCUCUUGCUGAAGAGAGAAUGGGCACAUUGGGUAAAUUCUGCAAGCCAGGACGCCCCGUGAAGAUGUCCAAAAGUCGACUUCGUGAGCAGUCUCUUGCUCCGGGUACUGACAGCGUUCUGGUGCGCGCUACGGUCGAUAACAAACUUGCUGGACACGCCUUUGCAACUUUCUGGGACUACGAGGGCCGCAGAAUUGGCUGGAUCACUCAACUAUGUGUCGGUCGGGAUUUCAGGCGCAACGGGCUGGCUACAAAGAUCUUGUUCCAUCUGAGCGAAAACGAACACGACCGCAGUUUCGGAAUCCUUUCGUCUCAUCCUGCUACUAUCCGUGCUGCUCUGCGAGCCUUCGGACAUGGGAUCGAGAAGGUGGAUUUGAGCGGGAUCAAGGAGCUUGUACCCGCUAUUAUGAAAUCCUCGCCAGUUCCUUACGUCAAGAUGGCUAAACCUACGGGCUCCUUGUUUGAUCAGGGUGAUCAGACGGGUGCUGUCUGCUGCGCCGACACUGCGUUCUGGGUUGAUCACGCUGAGCCCCUGACUGCGCUGAAUGUCAUCAAGGAGGACGGUAUAAAGUGGCCGUUUGGAGAUCUGCCUGAAGGCUGCGAGUUCUUGGCCUUUUCGAUCGCCGUUGACGUGCCGCGAACAGGGUUCACGACGCAGGAUCCCGGGUCCGCAGGCGGAGUCGUAUUACCAAAAGAGCCCGCUGCGAAGGCUUCAGCAUCGUCAGCAAAGAAGCCUGCAGCAGCACCAAGCACAGAUGACGUUACCGCACCGGCAGCGAAGACACCGAAGAAGAAACCCAGGAAGCUGAACAAGGAGCCCACAUCAACAUCUACAGAUGCAGCAAAGUCUACUACUGCAAGUAAAACAACGGCAGAUGUGCCAUCGCCCUCCGAACUCGAAGCGUUGAAGUCUCGUGUCAGAGGCUUGGAAGCCAAGGUAGAAGAGCUCUACAAAGCCGGUGCGAUUCCCGACUCACGACCUGGCCGCUCCCCUCGCCGACGAGGAAAAGGGCGAAAAGCCUCGUCUACAGCGCAGGUUCCCACACUUAGUACCACGGCCAAUGAAAGCGAUUCCCGGGUCCAGGAACUUGGCGACGACGAAGAGGAGGAAGCAGAUGAAGAACUCAUACGCCUCGAGGGCGAGUUGGAGGUGGCAAGACAGGAUCUAGAACACUUCAAUCCUCGCAGCCAAGGAGCAAAAAGAGGCGGAACAGAACACGUUGAGGAGAUUGACAGGGACGUACCCGGAGCAAGAGCAGGUACAGAGAGACAAGUCACCCUAUCCGGAAGCUACCGUAUCCCCAUCCCGGCCAACGUCAACCUUGAAGACGUCAAGACGAUAAAAUCAGGUGUCUCCGCUGCCCAAAACGUAGCGCGUUCUUUCCUCGAACAACGACGCGCCGCCGCCGCUCAGCAGAACUACCAAAGUUCCCGCUUCAAAAUCUUCUUCUGCAACCACGCCGAAGCCAAAGAGAAGCAUGAGCUCGACGAUGGAGGUUGCCGUGGAUAA